GAAGGACGCGCCCCGGCGAAUGCAGUAUGACAUUCAUACUCAGCAGAAUUUCCACGAGCAUCGCAUGACUGGGAGGAGGAUUACAGAAGAUACGCGUCUGCUUCUUACUGUAACUGUAGAAAAAUGACAUUGUAAAAGUAUGUGUCAGUUAUCUUAGCAAGUGCAUUAUUAAUAAGCUCUUUUAUUCGCUGGCUGCUAAAAAAAAGUAGACCUAGAGUUUGUUGUUUAAAGUGAAAUCAGAGCUUGUACAUCACCUGCUGUUUCCGGGAAUUCCGCGAUUGAAACAUGGAUUUCGUUCUCGGCGGAGCCGCUGCGUGUGGCGCCUGCUUUUUUACAAACCCUCUGGAGGUGGUCAAAACUCGAAUGCAAUUGCAAGGAGAGCUGAAAAGCCGAGGAACCUACCAAGUGUAUUAUAGAAAUGUGUUUCACGCCUUUUACACGAUAGGCAAAAUAGACGGACUGGCUGGUCUUCAGAAAGGUUUGGUCCCCGGGUUGGUUUAUCAGUUUUUUAUGAAUGGGGUCCGGCUGGGGUCUUACGCCAUCAUCGAGUCCUUGGGCUACAUUCACACGGACGGAAGGGUCAGCGCUACCAAGAGCAUAGUGUCCGGGGCCAUUGCCGGUGUGGUGGGCGCUGUAAUGGGGAGCCCGAUUUACCUGGUAAAAACACAUCUCCAGUCUCAAUCCACUUCCUCUAUUGCAGUUGGACACCAGUAUAAGCACAGGGGAAUGAUGCAUGCUCUACUGGCCAUCCACAAACAGCAUGGAAUUCUGGGUUUGUGGAGGGGUGCAAGUGCGGCAGUCCCAAGGGUCAGUGUGGGGUCAGCUGCUCAGCUUUCUACUUUCUCUGCCUCUAAAGAGCUGGUCACUGACCUACAGGUGUUCUCUGAGGGCAGCUGGUUAAUAGCUCUGAGUGCUGGUAUGAUCAGUAGUGUAGUGGUUGUAUUAGCUAUGACUCCUUUUGAUGUGGUCAGCACUCGACUCUACAACCAGCCUGUGGACCAUGUGGGCAAGGGCAUAUUGUACCGAGGUUUUGUGGACUGUUUCUCUAAGACGUUGAAGAAGGAAGGCAUGUCUGGUUUGUAUAAAGGUCUCGGAGCCUCCUACUUCCGCAUCGGACCUCAUACCAUCCUUUCCCUACUUUUCUGGAAUGAAUUGCGCACUUUGUACCAUAGCUACGGUUAGCGUCUCGCUAUUACCUGCAACAGCAAAAUAUCAAUAGUGUUUCCCUGAUUUGGUGAUUAAAGAAGCAAUCGAGCACUAAGGUAUGAAAGGUGCUUGCUAUAUUGUGAAUAUAGUCACAGCUAAAAGUUGUCAUUAGACACAACGUGCAGCAGAGUGCUCAUUCCUUUUAUAAAAUUGUUACUACAUACUAAAUAUAUAUUUUUUAUUAAAACAUUAUUUUAUUA